GUUCAACAUGACGGCCUUCUUCCCCCGCACUUUAUCUAUAACAUGCUUAACGCGAAGGACUGGACCGGCGACGAGCUUCGAUGUGUACUUGUUCAGAUUGCUCCGCGGCAGCUGGACUAAGUGAUGGAGAAAGGUAAGACGUCUGACUCGUUGUCUGACGGUUCAUCGAGGGGAAGAGACAGCGGCCAUGGCAUACCUCGAUGCUGGAGUCGUCUAUCACCAAUACUCUUACUUAUCUCGGUGCUCACAUACCUAUUCUGGCCUCAGAUCUUGGCCUCCCGCCUCUCCCUCUUCUCGAGCUUCGGUUGCGGCAGAGAGGCUGGCCAUAAACAACCCAACAUCGUCUUCAUCCUGACAGACGACCAGGAUGUACGGCUUGGAUCGCUCAAUUACAUGAACGCACUCCAGAAAAGAGUUAUUGGCGAAGGCCUCAACCUUGCAAAUCAUUUCGGCACAGUCUCACUAUGUUGCCCGGCUCGCGCCACGCUCUUUCGCGGCCAGGCGGCGCACAAUACCAAUCUCACCCACGUCGGCCUCCCGGGAGGUGGCUACCGCAAAUGGGUCAGGUCCGGGGAGUCGAAAGACUACCUCCCACAUUGGCUGCGUACCGCCGGCUACACUACCGCGUACUUUGGCAAACUCUUCAACGCAUACAGCCUGAGCAACUAUAGCCCCAUGCCAGCCGGCUGGGAUUGGACGGACGUCUUAGUGCAACCAUACAUUUACAGCUUCACCAAUGUGGUCAUGUCGGAAAACGGAGAGCGGCCGAUCCAUUACGAAGGAUGGCAUCAGCUCGAUGUGCUGAGAACCAAAGCAUUGAGACGGUUGGAGUGGAUGACUUCUCAAGAGAAACCGUUCUAUCUGGAAAUCGCACCCUCAAGCCCACACGUCGUACCUGGAGGCUAUCCGACGAUUCCACUUGCUCGCCAUGCCCAUCUCUUUCCAGGACUGACAGCUCCCCGGCUUCCAAAUUACAACCCCUCCGACGAGUACACCAUGCAGAAGCCCGGCUGGCUCAAAGACAUGCCAAGGAUGAACUCAUCCGUGAUGACAGCAUCUGAUGCGAGUAUGCGCGCACGGGUACAGGCGCUACAAGGGGUUGAUGAGCUUGUCGAAGAUGUCCUCGAUCUGCUAGAAGCGAGAGGCGUGCUCGACAAUACAUACGUCAUUUAUACUACUGACAACGGCUUCCAUCUUGGAAACCAUCGUGUUCCAGGAGGCAAGAUGCUGCCAUAUAUCGAGGACGUGAACCUUCCGUUUGCAGUCCGGGGUCCAGGUAUACCUCCUGGCAAAGUCUCGGCCAUUCCGAGUACACAUGUUGACAUUGCUCCGACUCUAUUGGACAUUGCCGGCGUAGCCGCCAAGGACUGGCCGCCUUUCUUCGACGGUCGCAGCCUCCUACCGGAAUGGAAAAACCUGUCUCAUCCUCACGAUCAGAUCUCAAGAGAAGUGCUAAAUGUUGAAUAUUGGGGCAGUGCAAAGGCUCCUGCCAGUCAAUACACCCGCGAUGUACCUCACAACAGCUACAAGUCUCUUCGCAUCGUCUCGGAGGCUGAAGGGUAUCUUUUCAACCGUUGGUGUUUCUCCAACGAAACCGAGCUGUACGAUACGGUCAAGGAUCCAUAUGAACUCACGAAUCUGGCCAUCGAUCCCGACACUCAGACUCAGAGGCUGAUGGACCGGCUGAGCGGGCUACUGCUGGUCACCAAGUCCUGCGGCCAAGAUUCGUGCCGUCAACCGUGGGCGGUCCUGCGCGCUGACUUUGGCCACAAUGCCACGUUCAAUUCCUUGAGGGACGCGAUGGCCCCGCGAUACGACGACUUCUUCGCUUCCCUCCCGCAUUUUGGCUUCCAAAGCUGCAUGCGAUUCCAAUCCGUGGAGAACGAGGGUCCCUACUACCCGCCCGAGUCCGCGGCGCUUGGUCGACGGUGGCGAGACGCAGCAGAAGAUACGGACUUUUGGGAGCAUAACUAUACCACGAUACAGCAACCAUCCCGCCUGGUGGGUAGUGUGGCCCAGAGAUAUGUAGCCUUCGAGGACGUCAUGCACUCCGCCCGACUUUUGACAGAUGAGGAGAUUGGGUGGCCUACCAUCAAGUGCACCGCGCCGGACUACUGUGGGGAAGAAUACGAUGAAGACUGAAAUCCAGCGCGGCGCCUGGGC